GAGCUUCGAUUCGACCGCGCGGCGCUCUGUCGGUCGUACCGAUCGUUCCCCCCCGGCUUAGCGAUCGGGCUUUUAAAAAAAAUCUCUAGAGUUUAGUGGAACGACGAGCGAAACGGUGGAGUGAAGAAAGUUCGACGGGAGAGGAAAGGCCUGUUGCGCCUCCACGGAAAUCUAAGAAGAUCCAGGAAGAUCUUCAGCCCAUCGGAGUUUUCACCAGACGGACGCUCGAAGUCUGGAAGAGCGUGGUUGGAUCCGUAUCCAAAGUCGCAGGUGACAUCCGAGUCGUCCAAGAGUUGUUUCGCCGCGUUGACAUUUUCCCAUCACAAGCUCAGGUGCAUGAAAUGUUGGAGCUGAGCCGCGAAACGAGACGUCACUCCGAGACGAAUUUCACCUAUGGCGCCUUCACUUUCUACGCGGCUGAGAUGAGAUACUCGGAGCGAAAAAUGAAAUACAACCAGCGACGCAGACUUUCGUGUGGAUCCCCAUCUCUACUCCGGAAACCCAUGCGGCUCAUGUCUCAAGCAUCUUAUGAUGCAAGAAUCGAACAUGGAACCAAGAGACGGAGCCUUUCAUGCCCCUACCCAACUAGGGAGAACUCUGAACCCUCCUCAGUGGGGAAUACGCAAACCGUGGCGUUCGAGCGAUUUCCAUCCGCCGAUGCAUUUCCUGUGAAACCCACUUCGAAAAAUGCUGCACCGCGACAGAAAACCGGGGGACCGGACGAGACCAAGAAGGAGGUGACGAUUGGACCGUUUUGCACAGAAGUUUUCCUCGGUGGAUCAUGUAAUCCGACGCAGUGGCGUAGGGAUGAGGCCAUUCCCGCGCUCAAAUCCGCAAAAGUCACGUUCUACAACCCGCAAACGGAGGACUGGCUACCUGAUCUCAUAAACCUCGAACAGCAAGCGAAGGACCAUGCUAGGGUUCUACUCUUUGUUCACGACAAGGAGACGAGAUCGCUAGCAAGCAUGGUCGAAGUCGGCGAGAGGUCGGCCCUUAAGAAGCAAACCUUGGUCUUGGUCAUCGAAGAACUCGGUGAUCAGGUGAUGGGCGAAAAACUUUCCGAAGGGGAGCUCAAAGAAAUGCGUCGCGGUCGUAACUACAUGCGCGAUAUCGCAGAAAUGUGCGGAAUCCGUGUCUUCACUCAGAUCCGCGAAGCGGUGCAGAGCUGCAUCGAUAUCGUCAAGGGGACCUGCACCAAGGCCGAGCUCCUUCCGAAGAGCGACGGGGACCUCGGCGAGAAAUUCAUAAACACUCGGAGAAGCAUUGAUAAUUACUCUACCAACAACGAGCUGUCGCUUGAAGAAAGAGGUCUUGCUCUGCAGGGGCUCUGCGGCCGGAGCAUACCAAAAGAGUACCAAAUGAGUGAAAAACCAUUCAUCAACGAAACCGAGUUCCUCAUGAUCGUUUCCGAAUACCGUUAUUCGUUGAAACCCCCAUUGAUACCCAACUUCCUAAGGACGCGCACGUCUUCCGAUAAAUGUCCUGUUUUCCACAACACGGUAUUCAUCUGCGGCCCAGUCGGCAAUCUCGACUGGAAGAGGGAUAUCGCAUGCCCUUACUUCACGAAGCAUCUGAUCUCUGCGCGAGAGAGAAGCGAUCCCGAUGCUGAGCACCUCAUGCCCAUGGAGAUGAAACAGAUCCUGAAGUGCCGAGUUCUCCUCUUCGUGUUCCCCAAAGAUACGUGGGGUGCAGCUGAAAUGAUCAUGGCGAGCUAUUACAUUGCUUUGAAUGCCAAGAAGGUGGUUCUCUGUACUCAGCAAGUCUGCGAGAACGUUCCGGUUUACGGGGAACGUCUCACGCCGUACCAGGCCAAGGAUUACAACCGAAUCCGUAUGUACCUCUCGGAUCAGGCCUCCAGAAAUGGAGUACCAGUGUACGACAGCAUCACCGAAGCCGUGGCGAAGGCUGCCGAUCUCGCCAAGGAGUAAAGCCACGCGACGAAAUUCUUAUCUUCUUCUGAGACAUUCCCUCAUGUGCGGAGCGCUUCAGCUCUCUUGCAAGAACUAUUUUACGACUCGAACGGAGACAACCCUCUGAGACAACUGCUCCAUCGUCGAUUUUAAAUCAUGUCGUGCUGGAUCAGCGACCCUCCGAACCGACAAUCACGAAGGGUCGCUGGUCCACUUUUUAGCGGAAUUUCCUAUUUUUUUUCCUCAGGACAACGCCCGUCGCGGCUCAUCUCGCGCGGACGUGAACGACUGUUAUCGAUAAAGCGUCAUUUCAUCACUCUCAAAGAAUUUUAAUUUAAUCAUGAGAUGGCGUUGAAUUCAUCACGUCUCUCCAUCGAUCUCUGUAAAGAUUAUCCGGUGAUUACUUGUCGGGGCUCAUCGCUGGCUCGCGCUCUCUGCGAAGGCUGCAGUGAUUCACUUCGGACGUAGCGACUGUUCCCCACUCAUAUCCGAAACGUUCCGAAGACAACUCUGACUCUGAAAAGCUGAUUGAAUGUCUAGCGUUAGGAGUUCUAUCAUCGAGGGAGCCCUUUCAGCGCUCUGGAGAGUUCGGAGAAUGCGCGAGCAUUCGUCUGAAACUAGAAAGCCAGCUCUCUAGAGCACUGUGAACCUUCUCGACAAGUCAUACUAAUAGAUGAUACAUUUUAAAUAAGGCAUAAGAGCCCAUUCAUUAUCACGUGUUGCUAUUCGUUGGAACCGUUGCCUGGAAUGACUGUUUAUGAAGCUGAGAGCAUCCUGUUGAUUUCGAAUGUCACGAUAUGAAUGCACAUCGCAAUCACUCAUAUGAGAAUCAUGUAAAACCGGGACAUACGUUGUAUAAAGCCGAUGGAAACAUUUCGUCGAUCGUUGUUGUACAAAUAAACAAACAUAGAAGACUUCG